GUUUUUAACUUUGUCGGAGCACAUACAACGCCUUCACUUCAUAUCGCUUCCCUUCAUUCAUUAUCCACUCUCAAUUGAGUUAUUUUAUCUAAAUAUUUUUUAUUCUCUUUACGAAUUCAUUGAGAAUCCUGAAGAAAUGACUCGUCCUAAUAACGUGAUGAGCCUGUUGGAGCAGCAGCUGUUCUGGAAAACACUCUUUGAAGAGAAGAAAUUUGCCUCGCAAUUACCUUCGCUAGCAGCAAAUCACGUUGAUGGCGUCACUUACGACGAUUUACCAAAAUAUGGCAAAGUGCAAAUCGUUGUUCAGGCAGCAUCUAGUCUAGGCGAUAACUUUAUGAGCGACACCUUCACCAUUUCGGCUAAAGUGACGCGAUGCGACACGAUCGAAACCUUGCAAGCAUUCACAAAGGUGCUUCCAUCAAAUCUGAUGCUUCGCCUUGCGGCUUACGAAUCCCGAACUCAUCACCACGAGAUGCACAUGUACCUUCAUUUCUUCAGUCUCUUGCAAGGAAUGCACGCUGGACAACAGAUCCCAUUAGAUAUUCCGGACAUCUACUACGUUAACAUUGAAGAACUCAUCCCUGGCGAGACGGACGGAUCGGGUACUUGUAUCGUCCUCGAGGAUCUUUCAACGCAGGGCUAUUGCAUGUCGGAUAAAUUUGGCGGUGCUGAUUAUCGACACUGUCACUUGGCUCUGACUUCACUUGCUCAUUACCAUGCCAUGACAAUGAGUGCCGUGAGAAAAUGGAAGGAUCCAUCGACAGACGAGUUGUCCAACUUGCCAGAAUCAGUCAAGUUUCUUGUGAAGGAGAAAACAGUCUAUGAAGUCAGCGCCGUCCAAAUUGCCAGAGAUUUUUCCAAGAAGAUGAUUGAGUUCGCGCAAGAUGUCAAGCGGCCUGAUCUUGCAGAAUGGCUUACACAAUUGAUUGAUGAACGUUUGUCCGAGGUUAUUCUUGUCGACACGGUAAAAAGUUGCGGUCCAAUGGCUUGCAUUCUCCAUGGCGAUUUUUGGAACAACAACAUGCUCUUCAAAUACGCGGACGUUGAGGGAAAUGAGACCGAAUCGGCCGCUUCUUCUUCCAUUCCAGUGUCCUUGAAGCUGAUUGACUUUCAAAUGUCAAGGAUCGGCCAUCCGCUCACCGACAUCCUUUACUUUAUGAACGCUAGUGCCAAGCCGGAAGUUAGAGAGCGGCGCAUGAUAAGAUUGUUACGCCACUACUAUGACACGUUGACUGCUGAUUUGCGACUUCUCGGCAUUCCUCUCGAUAAUUGCUCUUUGCAAGACUUCCUGAGCGAGUACAAGAGAAGGUCGUUGAUGGGUUUGUUCUUUGGCGGCCUGAUCAUGUCGAUGGGACUAGCCAAAGCUGUCGUCUCUACGAUGCAACAGUUGGACGAAGAGGAGCAACUGAAAGAACCAGUCAACCGCACAAGUAAACAAGUUGUGAAAACUGAUUCAGAAGAUUUCAGCGGGAAGAGUGCAUCGUUUGAAGAGACUAUCAAGAACAUGAUGGCCUCACACAAGUUGAGCGAAAAUCCAAUCCUAACUGACCGCCUCCUAAGACUCAUCAUCCAAGUUCACACCUUGAACACCUCAUAAAUAAGAGAUAAUUAUUUUUCAUUUACUUUUAAGGUGUUUGCUAGCCUUGGAAGCGGUUGAAACCAGUCUCCACCAGUAUCGCACCCCACCUAAUUUGUUAUCAUUCUUUAUUGAUAAGGACCAGGAUGCGUUAUAUAAUGUAGUUUCCUAAUUCGUCAAGUGUUUUUAAGCCUGGACGAAUUGUAUAGAUUUUACAUCGAUUUUGUAUGGUGAAAUUCAUGAGUAACUAUAUAUUAAUUCAAUUAUAUGUGCCGAUCGAUAA